GACAUUUGGGUGACAACUAAACCAAAAAUCAGAAUUUGGUUAUGCUUUUAGAUGGUUGAAAGCAAACCGAUAACACACUGGAAAUUCAACUAAUUUUUGUUCAUGGAAUUGAUGACAAUUCCAGGGAAAAUUCACUGGUGAGAGUCCUGUGUUUCUCAUCAUUAUUGCGUAAUCGAAACAGCACUAGUUCCACUUUGUGUGGGUUCAAUGUCAGCUUAAUCAGCAUUUGUCAAUCUGUCAGACAAUAUUCUCAACCGUUCUCAAGGCAGUAGGAAUCCUUUCUGCAAAGAUGUAUUGCUAAAAUGAUGUUUGGGAAAAGGUAGACAGCAGAGUAGAGAGAGAGGCAUGUCUUUACAAGAGCUCUAGAACUAGAAGAAGAGUCGUCCCUUUAUUUAGGUUCUCUCAUUCUAAUGGAAUGUUUUUACUCUGAUGUUUGAGUGAGACUAUGUACUGUAGCCCAUUCAACAGGAUAAGUCAACAGAGGCUUCAGAUUGGGUACUUUUCUGUUCAGAAGCAACUGCCAAGGACCAAAGCCCUCUAAUUACAGGACUAAAUGGGAAUUCAGAAUGAAAAUUCUUCCCUUUUUUUCACACACAGUAGUGAGGAAAUGCUUAAGACAAUUAACUUUUCUGUUAGGAACAUCUGCAGAUCUAACCAAUGUCUAACAUGUUGCUUACUUCAUCAUUUACAAAGAGAUUGACUUUCUACACAGAAAUCAAUUCAUUAAAAGAAUGUCAGGGUAAUAAAUGUCUCACUGAAUGUACAACAUUGUUGAACAUGCAGGAUAGACCAUUAGCCUGUAGAAUUAUCCAAUUGUUCAUGCAAACCAUUCAAACCCAGACCAUUUCUUAAAUGACUAUAUGGUUAGUCACAACCCAUUGAUAACCUUAUUUCCUAUUUCUACACUGCAGUACUACUGUUAGUAUUUUUUAUUAGGAUUUAUUAGGAUUUCUAAUAAUUCUGUUGCUCAUGCCGCAUCUACUCUUUCUGGGGUCCACACAAAACAUAAAACAUGACACAGAACAUUAAUAGACAAGAACAGCUCAAGGACAGCCCACACAUUUGACUACUUUAGGGCAUCUCCCUAACUGUAGCUCUAAAACCAGUUGGUUUUGUGUGGGAGGUGAAGUGAAUUAACCCGUAACUCCUUCUAUUGAACACUGUUAAUCUUGGUUGACAACUGUACGUCUGUCUGUAUGUCUGUUUCUCCCAGACAGAAAAAUGAGCCACCAUUAGUCAAAGGCUUUAUUCCAUGGCUGGGUCAUGCCCUGGAGUUUGGAAAAGAUGCUGCAAAGUUCCUAACACGUAUGAAACAAAAACAUGGUGACAUUUUUACAGUGCGUGUUUGUGGUCAUUACAUCACUGUAUUGCUGGACCCUAACUCCUAUGACGUGGUCCUCGAUGACACGGUCUCUCUGGACUUCAGACAAUACGCCCAGGUCCUGAAGCAGAGGAUCUUCAGCCUGAGACUACCCAAUCACAACCCAGACACAGAGAGGGCCUGGAUGGAACAGCACUUCCAGGGCCCCAGCCUGGCCAGACUGAGCAGCAGCAUGCACCUCCACCUCCAGACCCUGCUAAGGGAAGAGGAGAGGAGCUGUAGCCAAGCAGAGUGGAGGCAGGACGGCCUCUUCAGCCUCUGUUACAGCCUGCUCUUCAGGGCUGGGUAUCUCACACUGUUUGGUACAGAGAAAAGCAACAACGUCACUGAACUUGCUGCUGUCUACAAAGAGUUCCGCAUGUUCGAUGGUCUUCUCACAAAACUGGCACGUUCAACCCUUAAGCAAGAGGAGAAGAGGACAGCAUGCCUGUCCCCGGAGCAACUGUGGAAGCUGUUGUCCCCAGCCUGGCUGAGCAGAGGAAAAGGGUAUGAGAGCAGAGAUCAUGGGUCAGAGAGCAGCUCCUGGCAGCAGAGUUACCUCAGCCAUCUACAGAGGGAAGGAGUGGACACAGAGAUGCAGAGACGAGCCAUGCUGCUUCAGCUCUGGGCCACCCAGGGUAACACUGGGCCUGCUGCCUUCUGGCUGCUGGGCUUCCUGCUCACCCACCCCGAGGCCAUGAGAGCAGUGAAGGAGGAGCUCAGAGGCCUGGCUCUGCAGGAGGACUGCUCCCUACAGCACCACCUUCUGGACACACUGGAGCACCACAGCACACCUGUUUUUGACAGUGUUCUGAGCGAGACCCUGCGUCUGACCGCUGCUGCCCUCAUCACCAGAGAGGUGAUCCAGGACACGACCCUUCGUCUGGCCAGUGGACAGGAGUACCACCUCAGACAGGGGGACAGGGUGUGUCUGUUCCCCUUCCUCAGCCCGCAGAUGGACCCUCAGAUACACCACAACCCACAGACAUUUCAAUAUGACCGCUUUCUAAACACAGACGGGACAGAGAAGAAGAAGUUCUAUAAGGAUGGGGAGAGACUGAAAUAUUACACCAUGCUGUGGGGUGCAGACAACAACAUGUGUGUUGGGAGACACUUUGCAGUCAGUGCCAUCAAACAGUUUGCGUUCAUGGUCCUCUCCCGGCUGGACCUAGAGCUGUGUGACCCGACUGCCACCGUCCCGCCGGUCAACCCCAGUCGCUAUGGUUUUGGGUUGCUCCAGCCCGAAGGAGACCUAGAGGUCCACUACAGACUCAAGACUCUGCACUAGGUCAUGACCCCUGACCCCACGCACCAUCCUGAUUGCUGCAAUAGAACUAGGACAUGACUAGCCUGGUCCCAGAUCUGUUUGUGCUGUAUAGCCCUGUUUGGCAUUACAAUUACCAUAGGAGUUGGCAAGACAGCACAACUAAAUGUGGGACCAGGCUAUGACAUGACUUCAUCCUGUAUCCUCCUGACACUGACUGCACUCUAUAAAAAUCAGUUUCAUGCUUUUAUUUAUAUUGUAAUAUUGUAAAUAUUGUUUUUACAUUAAAACUAUAU